UGUCUCACUGAGUCGCUGAGCGCCUCGUGGUGGAAGACAGAUGUCAUGUUCACUUUAACAAUUGCUAACCAGUACAGUAAUAUUAGAGUACUUUAAUCGGCCGUUGCUGAGAGUAAAACCAGGCGGUAAUUGAGCACACAACCUCCAGCUAAUGACCGAUCAUAUCCAGAACGGUUUACUUGAAGUUUUCUUACUGUACCAGCAUGAAUCCAGCCGGACUGUUGUGUGAAAGCGAGCGGCCGCGUCACCGUCCUUUCCUGAUCGGGGUGAGCGGAGGAACAGCCAGUGGAAAGUCCACGGUGUGUGCCAAAAUCAUGGAGCUUUUGGGUCAGAACAUGGUUGAUCACCACCAGAGGAAGGUCACUAUCGUCAGCCAGGACAGUUUCUACCGGAUUCUCACUCCAGAACAGAAGGCCAAAGCUUUGAAAGGCCAGUACAACUUUGACCAUCCAGAGGCAUUUGAUACAGAGUUCAUGUGUCAGACGUUGAAGGAUAUAGUAGAAGGGAAGGUGGUGGAGGUUCCAACAUAUGACUUCGUCACCCAUUCCAGGCUGCCAGAGAAGAUAUGUGUGUAUCCCGCUGAUGUGGUGCUGUUCGAGGGGAUUCUGGUGUUUUACACACAGGAAGUCAGAGACAUGUUCCAUAUGAAGCUGUUUGUGGACACGGACUCAGAUGUACGCCUGUCUCGCAGAGUUCUGCGUGACAUGAGGAGGGGUCGAGAUCUGGAACAGAUUCUCUCACAGUACACCACGUUUGUUAAACCGGCCUUUGAAGAGUUCUGCCUUCCGACCAAGAAGUAUGCAGAUGUCAUAAUACCUCGUGGAGUUGAUAACAUGGUGGCAAUAAACCUGAUUGUUCAGCAUAUUCAGGAUAUCCUAAACGGUGACAUCUGCAAAUGGCAAAGGGGUUCUGUCAAUGGACACGCCCAUGGGCGGAGUCUAAAGAGGGGCGUGGCCGAACACAGUGAGAUAUCGAGCGGAGGCGGGAAUCUUCCAGUAAAACGCCCCCUACUGGAGCCCAGCACACGACCACAUUAACACACACACAUGAUCAGAAAACCUGAAGGCUGGAGUUUUCUGCAUGCUUCCAACACACAAUUUCUGUCAGGUUUAAGAAUGCCUUCUGCUGCUUAUCCGAGUCACCUGACCCUCAGCGUGACCUUUGACCUGAAAGAGGAACUGAUCUGUAUAGAGAGCCUAAGUCCUGCCCCUCAGUUUCUGGCUCAUAGACCUUAUUUCGGAAAACAUAUGGUAGUCAAUGGCGAGAGACAACUUCUCUUUUUAUUCGGUCUGAACUGUGCUCUGAAUUACAUAUGAUGUUCACAAAUUUGUUAUUUUAAAAGAUAAUUCUAAAAAACAGAAAAGUAACAUUUUUUAACUACAUCUCCCAGGAAGUGAAGCAAUGAGCAAGAUCUGUUGCUCGUAUGUGUUUAGUCUGGGACAAAACACUCGGCAUAACGUUACUUAUUAUAAGACUAUUGAAACAAUGAAAUAGUUAGCUUCAUUCAUGUGCGCCUUUUGGGUUUGUAGUGUUUGUAAUUACGUAUUUUCACAGUUUUAUACCUCAACAGUUCAAUACUGCGACUUUCUUGACUUUAAAAUGUAUUGACAAACAUCAUAUGUGUAAUUCAGGGCACAAUCCAAAUGAGAUCAAAAUAUUUGUGGUCUCUCACCAUUGACCAUCAUACAAUAUUUUUCUGAAAUAAGGUCCCAUGGUGGUCCACCGUGACCGGAAGGGGAGGGAUUUGGGCUCUCUAUAUGUAAAAGAGUUAAUGUUCUACAUUAUCUGUCAUAAUUUACAUACUAAUCACAGUAAUUUGUACUGUAAUGACACGGGAUAAUCAGUACCUGCAGGGUAAACACAACGGUACAUCAGCAAAAACUUCUGUUUGCACUGCCGGAGUCUCAUUGGGAUGUAAUUUUACUAUAAAACAUGAGAUUUUCAGUCACACCUGCAGAAUAACAAAGUCAACUUGUUUCAUUACUAUUAUCAAGAGUAUAACGGCAUUUUAAACAGUUUUAGAGUUGGAUAUUCUUGCCUUGUCUAGAUCAUAAACUCCUGUUUGGUCAGGAUAAGACAAAAUGGAUGAAGUAAAAUACUUCUGAAUAUACUUUUAAAAUACAAGUGAAUUAUAGUGAUUGUUUAGUAUUUAAAAUAUUAAUCUCACUAUCACUGAUGUGUCUCUUUAUUUUGAAUGUUUCACUGUUUAAUUUAUGUUACUUUGUCUCAAAUUGGUUCCGAAAUGUGAAUAUUUUAAAAUAGUUUUGCAUUUCUUGUACAAACCUUUUUUUAAGUAUUAAAGACAACGUGCUUGUGACUUCACAUC